AUGGCUGCUAGCAGCAGCAGCAGCAAUGGCGUUGGCGGGAUCCAUAGCAGUAGCGGCAGCAGCAGCAGCAUUGGCAGCAGCCGUAGCGGCAGCAACGGCAGAGGUGACGGCAGCACCAGCAGCAGCGGCGACGGCAGUGGUUGCUGCAACGCAGAAGGUGGCAUGCAGGAAGUGUUUGCGUCGCUGUGGGGCAAGGAGAUUUUCUGCCCAUUGGGCAUGGAGGAGGAGACGUCCCUGCCGCCCGUCAUCGCCAAGUUCAACUUUGUAGAGGUGCUGCGCAGCGUACAGGACCAGGGCGUCGGCAUCAUUUUCAUAUCUGUGAGGUGGAAGUGGCAGCAGCCCGACCCGGAGGGCUUUGAUUUCACAGUCAUGAACUAUGUCCAGGAGCAGGUGUGCGGCCAGGGGCUCAAGCUGGCGGUGGUGCUGGACACCGACGCGACGCCCACCUGGGUGGCGCGCCGCUUCCCAGACGGCGUGCUGAGGGACGUGCUGAAUCUGACCCGCGGCGCGGCCACCUUCAACCACGCGGGCGCGCUGGAGCUGGCGCACGCCUGGCACGAUGCGGUGCUCAGGCAGCUGGCAGCCAACAACGCCUCCUGCAUCCACUCCAUCCAGCCCAGCUUCAACAACGAGUAUGAGUCAAAGUACUCGCAGGAGCGUGACGCGCCCCAGGAUUACAGUCCGGCGGCAGCACUGGCAUUCCGGGAAUAUGUGAAGGGCGUGCGCGCUGGGCUGGGGCACUGGAACCAGCGUUGGGCCACCAGCUUUGAUGACUGGGAAGCUGUGGAGCCGCCCAAGUUUUACCAGCAUGGGGAGCACUACAACUCCACCAUGACCGACCUGUUUUACUGGGACUGGCAGCACUUCAGGCACAAGCGGCUGCACUCGGUGCACGAGGCCUGCUGCCAGCGGAUUGCAGCCCACGGCUUCCGCUGCAUCAUGCACUUCCCAGAAGUCUUCAACAGCGGGCACGCCAUCUACGGCGCAAGCGCGGUGUUCACGCUGGCUGCCAGCCCCUGGCUGGACUACAUCAUCAUCGACUCCAACUUUGUGACCAUGUCAGUGCGGCCCAACGACGUCAGGAUUGUGCAGAUACUGCUGAGCGCCAUGAAGCCCUUUGCCAAGCCCGUCUUCUUUGAAGGGGCUUUCGAGCAGAUUGCCGACCCCAAGCUGCACCGGCAGGCGGUGCAGCUGACGGCGGCGUCCGGCGCGCACGGCAUGGGCUUCACCAACUGGCUGGACCGUGUCAACCACACCACCUUCUUCCGGGACACCCUCCGCGACAUGCCCGCCACCCCUGCCUGCGGCCCGCCUGUGGCCAUCCUGACGCCGUACCGCUCUUAUGUUGCGUUCAAGGGGGCGCCCUUUGCGAAUGCCGAGACCCGCGAGCUGGCGGCCAAUGACCCACAGCAGGACCUGCUGUUUGCAUGCCUGGACGUGCUGGAGAAGGAGCUGCCGUCGCUGGCUGGCCUGCAGAUAUUUGGUGUGCCCACCAUGCUGCUGCCGGUGCUCCAAAACUUUGAGCAGGUGUGGUAUGUGGAGCCCGACGUGCUGCUGUCGGGCGAUGCAAGCACCAUCGCCAGGAUCCAGGAGCGUGCUGGAGCGCUGGGUGUGCCGCUGCGCAGCUGCAUAGAGAAGAAGGCGCCACCGAUUGUCCUCCCUGAGUGCUGUCCGAGCUUAUAG